AUGGGCCGCGGAAAGGCCCAGGUGGGAGGAGGUUGUGGAAUCGGUGUUCAAGUUCACGGGACCUGUGUUAGGAAGCAGUCGGAUGCGACGAAGUUGGGCUCUGGUUUUUUCGAGUUCAAACUUGACUAUUCGGAGACAAAGAACAUCGUCAUCGGGGACUCUGUCAGCUCCGAUGAUAUCUCCGCGGGGGGACACCUCUGGAGGAUUAACUGCUACCCUCGUGGGGAUAGGGAAGAGGAAAAGGGCGAGUACGUCUCCUUGUACCUCGAGCUUAUUAGCGAUUCGAAAGCCGUCAAGACCAUCUUCCAUGUUUUUUGUGUGGGAAGAGAAGGUGAAGCAUCUGUCUCCUAUUUCUCCCAUGAUAGGAGGUUUGUCAAUGUUUACUCGUGUGAAUGUCCCGAAUACACUGAAUCCUGUGGAUGGCGUCAGUUUAUGAAGCGAAGCGUUCUUGGGUCAGUCUAUGUGGCAAAUGGUUGGGUCACGUUUCUAUGUAACAUCAUAGUUCUGGGUGCCGACACCAUUCCAGUGCCACCCUCCAACAUAGGUUCUGAUCUCGGUUGUCUGUUUGACUCCAAUGUUGGGACAGAUGUUUCGUUCAUUCUUAAAGGCGAGAUGAUCCAAGCUCACCGUGCUAUUCUUGCUGCCCGCUCGCCAGUCUUUCGAGCUGAGCUCUUUGGCUCCAUGGACGAAGCCACAGCAUCAUCCAUCACACUGCAGGAUAUGGAGCCAGCAACAUUUAAAGCUAUGCUUGCUUACAUGUACACGGAUGAGACGCCUGAAGAUGAUGAGCUUGGAGGCUCUGCCACUGAAAUGGUGCAGCAUCUACUUGCUGCGGCUGACCGCUAUGCAUUGGACCGACUGAAGCUGAUGUGUGCUCAGAAGCUAUGGGGCAUUAUCUCGGUGGAUACAUUUGCUUCUACUCUAGCUUGCGCCGAGACGCACAGCUGUGCAGAGUUGAAGAGCAAGUGCAUUGACUUCUUUGCCGUGGAGAACAAUUUCAAGAAGAUAGUGUUCACAGCUGGUUUCAUGUCUUUGGUGCAGGAAUUUCCUGAUCUUGCUGCUAAGCUGAAAGAGAGGGUUGGGAUAUAA